AUGGUUAAUUCUUUUGUUAGAAAACGUGAUCAAAAAAUAGUUAUAGGAUCUAUUUCUGUUAUUGAUUUUUUAUCAUCAUCGGAUGAAUUUAGGUCAUUAAUUAAACAAUUACAGCAUGCAAGGUUGAUUAACUAUGUGAAUUUGUUAAAAAAUGUGACAUUUAUUGCGCCAACUGAAAAAGCAUUUUAUAAUAGAACAAAAUUGACGACAGAAAUAUUGAAAUAUCAUAUUCUUAAUGGUUUGCUUUUCACAGAUAAAGUAGACGAUGGUUUUAUUUUUAGAUCCCAUAUUUAUACUCUCAAUGGACAGGAAUGUUCUGUAGGAGUAAAAGUGAAAAGGAUUGUGAAUCCUAAUACGGGAAAAAAAAGUAUAAACAUAGGAGGAGUUUCUAUUGUUAAAGGGAAUUACAUUACGCGUAACGGUGUAAUUCAAGUAACAAAUGAAAUAAUGGUACUUCCAGAAGACAUGUAUUCAGUAUUUUUGAAUGAUCCCGACAUGUCUACAUUUAUGAACUUGAUAGAUCAUGGAAUUUUUAAACAUAAAAAAAUAACAAUAUUUGCACCUAGUAAUGAUGCAUUUAAAAUUUUUAAUAAUAUAGAAUAUACUUAUCUUUUAUCUAAAUACGGGGUUUUGGAUCUAAAAAUACUUAUGCUUAAUCAUUUGCUGACAAAUACUGUUAUUUAUAAAAGUGAUGUUAUUGAUAAAUUUUCUUCUAAGUCUGAUGCAAAUGAGAUUUUAAGUUUUAGCAAAAAUUCAACUGGUUUUUAUAUAAAUGGAUAUAAAGUUAUUAAAUAUGAUAUUAUUACAAAAAAUGGUGUAAUUCAUAAGAUAUCUAAUCUUCUUGUUCCAAUGUCUUUAGAGUUUACUCCCCUUAAAUAUCUUUAUGGUAUGGAUACGAGGAAAUUUGCAGAUGAAAUCUUUUUUGCAGGAUUAGCAAAUACUAUUAAUAAUAAAACUAUUGAACAAGUGAUAUUCGCGCCUAUUGAUUCUUCACUAUAUUUGGAUACAAAUAUGGAAAAUAAUCGAAUUGUACAAGAAAUUAAAUAUCACUUCAUAUCUGGCUGGUUUGAUUUAAAUGUUUUAGAAGAUCAGAAACUUUUAACAACGGGAAUGAAAGGAAAAUUACUUGGAGGAAAGAAUCAAAAAAUUAAAAUCUCAAGAAAAAAAGGGAAAUUAUGGUUAAAUGAUCGAUCAUUAAUCUUAGGAGGCCCAUUUACAAUAGGUAAAACCAAGAUUUAUCGUGUUGAUUCGGAGCUUGUACCACCUCUUUCAUUUCCUGCAGCGGCUGCUCCAAUGUUUCAUAUAUCUACAACUAUGGAAUAUUUAUAUAAUACAAAUAUUGAUACACGCUUGUAUAAUAGAGAAUUAAUUACAUAUUUGGUUCCUUUAAAUUCAGCUUGGGACGAUUUAGGUUUAGUUCGGGAUUAUUUAGUUUUGGACUCAUCUAAAGAUAUACUUAGUGAAGUUUUACUUAAUACUAUCUUUAAUGGUCUCUUUUAUUUUGAAGAAUUGAUUCCAAAUAAAACAGUUACUACUCUUAUGGGUCUUGAAUUGAUCAUACAAAAAAAAUUGCCUGAAUUUUCUAUUGUUUCGGGAAAUAGUUCUCAUAUAUUUCAGAUUGAAGAUAGUAAUAUUCUUUUGGAAAAUGGUGUAGCGCAUACUAUUUCACGUGUUUUUAUGCCACCAAAUCUUAAUAUUACUCCACGACAUUUAUUUUUAGCUAAAAAUAUUUCUUUGUUUCCUCGAUCAAUUGAAUCUACUAAUUUUUUUUACGCACUAAAUCUUGAAGAAAAAUUUACUAUUUUAGCACCAAUUGAUAGUGCUUGGAAAAUUGUUAAUAGUACAACCCGUACACAUUCAGCUUUACAGGAAAUCAUCAAAUUACACUUAUUGCCACCUGUAUCAAACAAUUCUGAUUUUUUGAAAGAUAUUUAUCCUCGUCAGAGUUUACAUAAAAGUGGGAUUAAUAUAACGGCUUCAAAAAUUCAUGAUUCUUUGUAUCAUAUUAUUUUUCGUUCGUCUAAGAAUUGUUAUCAACAAGUUAAUAUUCUUGGUGAAGGAAAAACUACAUUAUACGGUCAGAUUCUUGUUAUUGAUCGGGUUUUAGACCCGUCUUGUGCUAUUGGCUUAUCUUACAUUCAUAUGUUGUGGGUUUCUUUUUCAUUCAGCUCUUUUUUUACAUUUAUACUAUUAAUAACGUCUGGUUUUAUCUCUAUUUUUUCAAACAGGCGCUUAAGUCAUUGGGACCGCGAUACACAAAAUUUUGAUCAGCAUCGUCCUUUUUGUUUUUUUCGUUCACCAAAUAGCUUUUCAUCUAGGCCUAUUUUACGCCGUAUGUUAACAGUUUAG